UGAAACAAUCCGUCGAAGGAUCGGGGCCAUAUGAUUGAUGAUUGCUGAGUGCACAAAUACGAAAAGAUACUGCGAAACGGUGCUGGAUUACAGAAAUACGAAAAGAUACUGCGAUACCGUCCGGAAGAGAGAGAGAGCUAGAACGCCAUGGCUUCCGAAACAUCCGGGGAGAUCCACAUCCACCACGCCCGGCGGUGGCUCUUUCUAGGCGGCGCGAACCGCGAGGCCGACGACGGGGACACCGGGCCGGGGGGCGUGUACCAGUUCGUCUCCUUUGUCUUCUGGUACGUAGCCAUGAUCGCCUGCUGCCUCGCCCCGACCUGUCUGGCGCUCCGGAGGCGGAGGCAGCUGGAGCGCAACGAGCAGGAACGCCGCCGCCGCGAGGAAAGCGGCGAGGGCACCGACGGAGGGCUCGGGGGCCUGGUGGUCUUGGGCGGCACAAACGGGAGCGUCCUCCUGUGGACGGCGGUGGACGGCUCCGGGGUUCUCACGCUGCGGGUCCUGAACGACAGCGGGGCACCUCCUGCUGCCGAUGCCGAUGCUACCGGGGAGCGGGCGAAGCGGCUCGGGGAAGCGAUGAAAGAGACAACCUUUGUGGUCCGGGCGAGUGACCUACUGCGCAAGCCGGGAGCGGGGCGGGGCGAAGACGACGACGAUGACAAAAACGAUGGUGGACGCGAAGCUUCCUUCGACCCCGAAACCAACGCCGUCGAACCCAACGACAGAAAUGCCUCGGAUGCGGACGACGACGACGACGACGACGAGCCCUUUGCCGAGCUCCGGCUGCCCCCGGGUCGGACCGUCCCCGCCUCGUGCGCCAUCUGCCUGUCUUCCUACCGGGCCGGAGACCGGGUGGCCUACGCCUCGGUCUGCCGGCUUCGGGCGGCGGCGCCCGCGGAAGGGACCUGCCCCCACGCCUUCCACGCGGGCUGCAUUUCCGAGUGGCUGGCGGGCAGGGACGGCCCCCACCGCACGGUGUGCCCGUGCUGCCGCCGGCCCUUUUGCGCAGCGGUGCCCCUUUCCCCCGCCGGUUCCGGGUCCCGCACGGUCCCUAGCGGCGACGGAUCGACGCCGCGGACCGCCGCGAUAUAGAAGCCAUGGAUCGAGUGACGGAACGGAACGGAACGGAACGAAGCGAAACGAAGCGAAACGAAAACGAAAACGAAAACGAAAACGAAACGACCGAUACGGGUUUGCUUCUGGCGUGUCGUUGACACGUUGAGAACGACGCCAGUCUUCGUCGCCAACAGCGUCUGCAGUGGCAGCGAAAGGGAUGCCUUUCUCUGCCUCCCCUGGGGGCCGCUCGUGAGAGGUGCGAGCAAAGCCUAGCGAAGCAAUGGUGAUUGCCAGUUCCUACCGCCUCGCAUCCGUCGAAGCAAAACAACACAAAAGCUGGCGGUGGGAUCCUCGAUGCAGGAGUUCGUGUGUGGCAACUUUCGAAGGGUUCACCACCUUCGAAUGCUGCGAUUGUGCGUGCGUCGCGAGAGUCGUUUUUAUUCCAUUGUUCAGGUUUUAUCCAAACCUAGCCCACUCCAUCCGAUCGUUGCUCUGUUGUUGCCAUUCCUGGUUUGGGUUCUAUCUUUCUCUAUUUCACCCACCGUGCCGCGACGCGUUUCGGGAUGUUCUCMCCAUGCUGCCAAUCAUCCACACUUUCACAAAAGCUACAGCAACUGCCACAUGUGGACGAAAUUUCAGUUUGAUUAAUGCAAAGCAAAUCGACUAGGAAUUGAUCAAGAAUCGACCACGGUGAAAUAUAGGGAUUUAACAGGGAUUGAACAACCGAGCGUUCUAAGGCUACCAUCAUGAUAAACCACAACAUCGAAAAUGUUGUGGUGAAGUUCAGAACUAUGCAUUCCAAGCGGACCGUUUCAAAGCAACUUUCUUCAAAUACCGUUGCGUUGCGGACCCCUAGCAUAACCAUGAACCAAAGCAAAACAAAAACGACCACGUACGAUUAGUAGUAAUGAUCUCUUACUUUACACAUACCAUUUCUGGCGAGCCCUAUCAUCAUUCUUUUACUAAUCUUUUAAUCCUUAGAUUCACCGUACCGUACGUACAUGUACCCGGACUGAGAAUUCAAGUUUUACUGUAUGUGUCAAGAUAAGGCACGAGUACGAGUACCGUACCGUACGUACUUUACAUCAAUUUUACGGCAGAUGAGUAAAUGCAACGUGCACGU